AUGGAGCAGGAGACGGAUGGUGCUGUUGGUGUCGAGAGUGAAAAUGUCGGAGCUGAUGAAGAAGAAGCGGCUGUUAUCACAGCGUUGCUGAGUUCAUAUAAAGAAGCUUUAGCAGACAACAAUGAUGGGAAGAUCGCUGAGAUAGAAGCAUCUUUAAAAUCUAUAGAAGAUGCAAAAUUUCUGCUUGAGGAUAAAGUAGCGUCUUUAUCCAAUGAUUUAUCAGUGGAGAGGGAUCGGCUCAUAAGAAUCAGUGCAGAUUUCGACAACUUCAGGAAGAGGACAGAGAGGGAAUGGCUAAACCUUGUUUCAAAUGCUCAGGGAGAGGUUGUUGAGAAUCUGUUGGCUGUUUUGGAUAAUUUCGAGAGAGCUAAAUCCCAAAUUAAGGUGGAGACUGAGGGAGAAGAGAGAGUCACUAAUAGUUAUCAGAGUAUAUACAAACAGUUUGUUGAAAUUCUGGGCUCACUUGGUGUUAUCCAUGUGGAGACAGUCGGGAAGCAGUUUGAUCCAAUGUCGACAGGAGAAAGAAGCAGAGAAUGAGGGUGAUGGUAGCAUAGCAAUGUGGAAAGGAGUAGUAGUUGCCUACAUUGUCGUCGCCAUCUGCUACUUUCCCGUUGCAUUUGUUUGCUACUAUAUUUUUGGAAACACUGUCGACGACAAUGUUCUCAUGACCUUGCAAAAACCAAUCUGGCUUAUCGCCAUUGCUUUUUAUAUUGCUUUCCAGAGGGACAAGAGAAUCAAGCUGAUAACGGGAAACGAGCAAAUGAAAAUGAAGAUGUCGAUGCAGAGAACCAAGGGAAUCAAUGGUGGAAAAUAGUGAAAGAGAUUCAAAUGAUAGUUUUUGACUUCAUAACUUGCACUUCUAUUGUAAUAU